CUAAAAUCGUGCAACAACUUUUUCGUGAAAAGGUGCUAACAAUGUUUUUAGUUAAGUUGAGCUUUUGUUUUGACUAUUCUGUUGGCGUAAGUCAUUCUUUACAAUUAUCUUAGGUUUUACUGAAAAAUAUGUUUGGUUUUACCGAAAGGACAAAAAACCUAAAUUAUUCGGGCCAAAUGUAGCCUUUGCGUGCUCUGAUGUGAGUAGCAACCUACUUGACUGUUUUGUUUCAAAUAGAAAGUAGCCAGUUCUUUUGUAAAGGCUUCUUCACGGAGAGAGAAGUAUCUCCCGGCUCAUCUACUUAAGGCGGUUGAAUGGGCGGAUCAGCUCCCGCCCCCCACUAGGAGUACAUUUACCACUCGCUGAAACCAGCUGCUGUUGAAUCUUUUGCGCACGUGGAAUGCUCCUGUGGAACUUCAAAUUGUGGAACUUAAUUUAGCUUACUUGAAGCGAAGCUCCCCCCCCCCUCCCCAAUAUAUUGGCUUUUUUUUUUUGCAAAGUAAGCUUCUCUUACGUGUGUUCAUGUUAGGCAAGGCAUUUUUCUUAUUCUUCGACAGACUAAACGAAAUUGUUUACCGCGCACACAUCAGCAUAUUUUCAUGUUGGACUAUGUACAUGGUGUAGCUAUUAAAAAGUGAAAGGGCUGCUGGAUUUGAAACGGGCACCUAAUUAUGGUGGACAAAGGUCCGCUAUUGACCUCUGCUAUUAUUUUUUAUCUGUCUAUUGGGGCAGCAAUAUUUCAAGUCCUCGAGGAGCCGAAUUGGAAACUUGCCGUGAAACAGUACGGUGCUCAAAGGGAGAAAAUUCUGAAAGACUACCCCUGUCUUACAAAAGAUGACUUGGACAAGAUUCUUGAGGUGGUGUCUGAUGCUUCAGGACAAGGUGUCACAAUAACUGGAGACAAAACCUUUAAUAACUGGAACUGGCCCAAUGCUGUCAUCUUUGCUGCUACAGUUAUCACAACCAUUGGUUAUGGCAACAUCGCUCCUAAGACCCCUGCUGGCCGGGUCUUCUGUAUCUUCUAUGGGCUCUUUGGAGUGCCGCUGUGUUUCACAUGGAUCAGUGAAUUGGGCAAGUUUUUUGGUGGUCGGGCAAAACACUUGGGCCACUACCUCACCAAGAGAGGGGUCUCACUGCGGAAGACUCAGAUCAUCUGUACUGCCAUCUUUCUUCUGUGGGGUGUUCUGUUGCAUCUGGUCAUCCCUCCAUUCGUCUUCAUGUCACAAGAAGGCUGGACCUACAUCGAGGGCUUAUACUUCUCCUUCGUCACCUUAACUACAAUUGGUUUUGGCGACCUAGUUGCAGGUAUCGACCCCAAUGCAAACUACCCAACCUUGUACCGCUACUUUGUGGAGGUCUGGAUCUACUUAGGCUUGGCUUGGCUCUCACUCUUCUUCAAUUGGAAAGUGCGUAUGGUGGUGGAGGCCCAUAAGGCUCUGAAGAAGCGCAGGAAGCGGCGGAAGCUCUCUCUAGAAGAGCCACGUCACUUUAAGGAGAGCCACAAAACUCUAAGUCUGCCGCCCUCUUCCAAUGAAGUCAAUAUAUUCGGCUUCCUUUCCAAGAGACAAGAGGGCUACAGUGACCUCAUCAAACAGCUGGGCUCAAAGAAGGCGAAUGGGGGCCAUGGUUCAAGCACAAUCAUUGCUGCCAGCAGCAGAUGCAAAGAUCCUAACCGUACCAAGAGCUGUAGCGAUGUGCCCAUCCCCAGUGGCAACCCCAUCCUUAACCUGGACCGCUCUCCAAGGCAGAAACGGCGCUACAGUUUUAGUGACCGGGUGACAGUGGCCUUUUCCAAGUCCAAAAACUACUUAUUGGGCCAGGAGAGUGGGUUGCUCUUGAAUGAGGCCCAAAGUGAAGGAGACCUGGAGGGGGACCAGGAAAGGAUGUAUGAGAACCAACUAGACAAAGAGGCUGGAGAGAACCCCCGAGACCGAGGGAUGGGCAGCUUCAGCGGCAGCAGACGCACCUGGGACUCUAAACAAUACAAAUCAAGGGUCUUUCAGAAUGCCAAUAUUACUUUUAUAGAUGAGGAAAAGCUACACAACAUGGAUGAGGAGGAUACCAAUGACACCAAGGCAAAGCUUUCUGUGACCACAGAUGAGAACAUGGACUCGGACACAGACUCAAAAGAGGAGGCGGACUCCGAGUCAGAGGAGUCUGUCUUCACCACCGAUGGCUCAGACCAUUGCCACUCCUAUGAGCAGCUGGUUGAGGAGUACUCAAAAGAGGACAACACUGAACCUUAGACCGUACUGCCUAAUGCCGGUGGUCCUUGAACACAAACUGCCAAACUGAGUAAAGAAUCUUUUCUUAUCUCUGUAAAAAAAAAUGAAGUGAAGGAUUUGAAAUCAUUUGAAUUUGCAUCCUCCAUUCACCUUCUCCAGUUAAUCCUUGACUUGUCAUGUUGAAUGUUUCAAAUGUAUUCAAUUCAUUUCAAUUCUAUUUCUAUAGCGCCAUAACAAUACAAUUGUCUCUAGACGCUUUACAGAGCCCAGAGCCUGACCCCCCCCCCCCCUUAGUGCAAGCACAAUGGCAAGAAAAAACUCCCUGUUAGUCAGGAAGGAACCUUAAGCAGAACCACAGCACAUAAGGGGGGACCCAUCUGCUUGAGGUCGGCCGGGUGGAGAAAGGAUGGGGGGAUAGGGGGAGCAAAUGCAUCAAAGUAUGUUUCCGGUUGACACUCUCUGAGAACCAAGUUUUUUUUUGUUUUCUUUUUGUUGAAAAAACUUGAAACAGUAAAUGUCUGCUAAUGAACAAAGAUUUUCAGAUUUCCCAAGAUUUCAAUUUAUGUUAUAAAGUUUCUGUAGUUUUUCUUUAUGCCCAUGUGAAAGUGUUUUUGAAAAUCAAUGUAUUUAGUUCAAAUGUCCAGUGUUUCCUGUAGAAAUGUAUCAACUGAUGAUUAACUUGAUCAUAGUACUUGCUAAUUGUUUUAUGAAGAAUGAGGGAAAGGGUUAUCUUUCCUUUCUAUGCACCAUAUUGGUGUUGUAUUUUCACUCAGAAGUAUGGCUCCAUUCCUCCUGUUCUAUUAUAUCCUGUCACUUGUUAUCAAGAUUGAAUGCUCAUUCCAGUUUUAGUCACUUAAAUAUCUAGCGCUAUCUGCGCCUUGUUUCUAUUCAGCAGAUGUCCAGUAAAUGUUACUGGGGAUGUUGGCCAGUUGUCAUGGCAAGCAUAACUGUUUUGGCUCACGUGAGUAAAUCGAAUACUAUAAAUAUCUGGUAUGGUGAAUCCUUGAUUAGAUUAUUUACAUGUACGAUGUAAUUGUUUGAUGGACUCUAAUUACCCCCACAGGUUGCCUGUCACUACAUGACCGUAAGAAUGUUAAUGAAAGAUGGAAUGUAGCAAUUACAUUAUACAGAUUAAACAGAUGAUUAAAUAUUUGUAUUCCAUUGUGUGGACAAAACACAUUUUUUCUGCAAUAAAUAAGUUGCCCAUCUCUUGCUCAUUUCAAA